GCGGUUUUUAAAUGAUUAUUAUUAUGUAUGUUAUCUUCAUGAACAUACGACGAACGUUUAAGGACCUGUCACUUCGCUGAAAUUGUGAAAGUCUCGCUGUGGCAGCUGCAGCGGAUUACUUUGAAAAUAAUGAAUUUACGUGACUUGUAUAUUUUUCAUAGCGACGUCGAAAUCUGAAUAUUUUAAUGAUUACUCGGAAUGCCGAGUUUCGAGAAUUUGAGCCCGAAAUUGAUAGGCAAAAUACUGGGCUACUUGAGCUAUGCCGAAAUAUCCAAGCUCCGUGGUGUUUCGAUAAAUCUACAUCACGCAGCGGUAAGUCGUUUGAAUUCGGCAUUUUUGGAAAUGGGACCCAGACUGAUAACCAAAUACACUGAAUAUUUGAUUCUAAUCAAAACUGAAAAUCGAAGGUAUUUUAUCCAAAGAUAUACGCUUGACAACCUUAUUAUAUUUAUCGUGCAGAGAGAUUAUAGUUAAGAAAACUAAUCCAAGGUAGAAUCACUGAAAGUAUAAUGCAAGGUAUGGCGAGUGAUUGAAUUUUUUGAUAAAGAACGAAACAGCUGGUCCGAUAAACUCUCGUUUCCUUAAGUUGCAAAUCAGGUGACGCGAUAUUUCGUGGUCGGUUUUUGAAGCUACUGGGCAGUGAGCACGCGAUCUUACUGGCAUUAUGUCGUAACUACGUAACGAAUGGCAAGGGAUGUUUUUCGCCCGGUAUAUGACUAAAAAAUUACUAUGAAUGUAGAUAGCGUCGUUAUCACAGAAUUGAAUUAAUUGAAACUAAAUUCCGUACAUUUUUCGAUAUGUACAUACAUACAGGAGAAAUAUUAGACCUGUUCGACGAACUGCAAGAUAAUAAUCAGUCAACCGCGGGAAUGCAACAAGAUGAAAAUAAAAAACUUUCCAGACUAGUACUGUUGAUCGAUCAGUACCUGGAUUGGUUUGAAAAAUAUCGAAUCGGUUACGAAGAACAGUGUUCUUGGUACGGUGCGUGCAUCGUCGAUCUACUCGAUUCAUAUUUGAGUUCUUCCUACAAUCUGGUCGCUACUCACGAUGGGCCAUUGGUUAAUUUAUCCGGUCGUUACGUGAUAAAAGGUCAGUCCGAGAUACCGCCAAAAAUAAGCGAACCUCUAGGGGGUCCGAUAACGCAGAAGGAACUAUUGCAAGUACUCCGAUACAUACGAAAACACGCCCGAUGGUCGAAUUUCGUAAAUUCAUUUCGCAACGAACCGGAAAAUUGUUCCGAAUCAGAAGAGGAAGAUAGCGAGGAGGUUAUAACCACGGAUAACAAGGAAGACGGUUACCAAAGAUCCUACAGAAGAAACAAUUCUAAAAAUUUUAACGAUUCGUACGACGAAAACGUAGAGUCGUUAACAGUGAUGGUAAAUCUCAUCUGCGAGAGAUCUCGCGGUCCUAUUCGUUUGAGAGGUGGAUUUGAGGAGAUGAAUUCCUGGCGAAAAGGAUUAGAAUUCUUAACCCGAGAAAUCAAUUCGAAUCACCCAUCUUUGGCGGAAAAUUUGUCAAUUAUUUCAAACACCAACGAUUCUAAUUUAUCCUUAAAAUCAAAACUUCAUCAAUUAAAAUCGAUAAGAGAAUCCGCUGCCGCAGCUACAAGAGAAUCCCCUGCGAAUAAUUCGAAAACUUCACUACAUCACAAGUACGUAUUCAAUCUCGAAAUAAAAUCUAUUCAUCCCGCUAAAAAUGAUGCGAAUAUUUCCGCUGGUGAAAAAUUUGGCGAAACUAUGCUACACAUCAGCCAUACAUCGCAGCACACGUUCGGAGCACAAACGGAAUGCAGUUUGUAUUGAAAAAAUAGAAAAAUUAUAUAUAUAAUAUCGAGGAAAAAAAAGUGGAGAAAAAUAUUGUGGUACAUAAGCUGAAUAAAAGAAAAUUAUGAAAAUAAGAAUGACUUCUUAUGAAGAAUGAAUUAUAUAGUUGAGUAAAAUCUAGAAAAUUCGGGUGAAUCUGAAUACGUUAUAUUCGAUGACCUUGUAAAUCGUUUGUGAUUUUAUCUUACAUUUCGAAACUCCACCCAUGUAUAACGUGUGAAAUAUCAAAACAACCGACCGCAUUGUGUGGUAUUAGGUACAGUUAAGGGAAAAAAAGGAAAUAAAAAUUACGAACGACAGAAAAAAAGGAAAAAAGGCGCACGAAAGACCACAAGUGCGACUGCAAAAUGAGCCGCAGCAAGUUUCCAAUGACAAGUUUCAAGAUAAAACGUAUGCCCAUAGUUGAAAUAUCA